CUGUCAUUCGAAAAUUUCAUUGCAGUCAGCAGAUUUUGUAGUACGGAGAUAUUCAAGUAAUUUGUUACAAUAAUUAACGUAAAAAUGCUGGGUUUUGAGAAUUUUCCCGAAUACGAAGUACCCGGAGUGCGCCAGGUUCAAUUUUAUCCGUAUGAAUCCAACGGAGGGAGCGUUGUUGCCAUUGCUGGAGAUGAUUUCGCCGUGAUUGGAGCGGAUACGCGUUUGAGCUCGGGUUAUUCCAUCCACACCCGUACGCAGAACAAGCUGUUCCGGAUGUCCGAUCGGACAGUGCUUGCAUCGACGGGAUGUUGGUGUGACACCUUGGCCCUCACCAGCUUGGUCAAAGUGCGAAUGCAGAUGUACAAGGAUCAGCACCAGAAGAACAUGACGACGCCCGCUGUAGCCCAGAUGUUGUCCAUUCUGAUGUACAACCGUCGAUUUUUCCCGUACUAUGUAUCCAACGUUUUGGCUGGAUUGGACUCGGAUGGAAAGGGUGUCAUCUACAGCUACGAUCCGAUUGGGCAUUGUGAAAAGACCACGUACCGUGCCGGUGGGUCAGCUGGACCAUUGCUGCAACCGGUUCUGGAUAAUCAAAUCGGAAUGAAGAACAUGGUCAAUGUCCAGCCAACUCCGGUCCAACUGGACAAGGCAAUCUCCAUCAUUAAGGAUACAUUCAUUUCCGCUACGGAGCGAGAUAUCUACACCGGAGAUUCCGUUAUAAUCAACAUUAUUACUAAGGAUGGCAUCAAGGAGGAAGUCGUUCAAUUGCGAAAGGAUUAAGCUCUAAUACAAAUUGGUGUAGGUGGGAGAUUAUUCAUUUUUUCCGUUUUUUUUACCAUCCAAUAAAUUUGAAUGAAUAGUAUGAA